AUGAACACCACGUACGCCGAGGGUCCGCUUGUCUUCAAAGCAAACCUCCAUGAUUCUCGUGGUAAAGGUUACUACAUGUAUGCGGACCAAAAAUGGGCUGGCUCACCUUCAGGAGAAUUCAUGGAAGAGCAGUACCAGCCUUACUGGACUGCGGAUGUUGGAAAGCCAAACUGGCAGCCAAUCAACUGGACGCUGAAGCCUGACUACGAUCAGUCACUUGGAGUCAUUCGGCAUGGCCAUGUCUGGUCCCUCACAACCGCUGAGCAUGCAGCACUUCGCGGAGCAAAUUUACGCUCUAUUCAGAUAAUUCCACCCAAGAAGCGUGUCUACAGAAUCGGCGAGUCUCUCGACCUUAAGGGCUAG